GUAUUUUUAUCUAUAAAACAUUUUAUUUUCUGAACUUAUUAGUUGCAAAAGUUGUCCUUUUGAACUUUUUUACAACACAGCCCGAUCUAUUCACGGAACAAAGUUCUUCCAGUAGUAAUCUGCAAGGAAUAAACGAAACAACAAACGUCAUCUACCAUAUUUGUUGACGUUUUAUCAGCAGCUAUCGCAGAAGAUAUAAAUAACAUUCGCACAAAUUGUUAGCAAAAAAAUUGUCUAAAUUCAUGUAGCAGCCGCGGUCCACUUUAUACGCUCGACCAACAACCGGUAACGGUUGUACGGUUAAAGUUUCCGGCUAGACAAGAGAAGGCUAAUUCUGUACCUCCAGCAUUCCUUCUUGAUUCUGUGAAUCCUUGUGCACUUGAACCAACAAAACCACGAUGAGCUUUCUGGGCAAAGAUAGAUAAAAAGUGAUUGAAUUGACUGAAAAUUGACGGUGCGUACAAUUGUCGCCAACGCAGCAACGCGGGCACUCUUGUGUCCCACAUUUGCAUUUCGCCAGAUACGAGUAGAACGGAACGAUGGACGCCAAAGUAGAGCAUGUAUCGGUGAUUCUACCCGUCAGCAAUGAUCCGAUAAUCGUUGGGAAUGUUAGCUCUAGGAAAAGUUUAAAACGACAUUGGAACCAGUUGUCCCGAUUCCAAAAGAAUUUAGCCUGCAUCUUACUGGCCGGUAUGUGCAUUUUCUACGUCAUAUUUUUUGUGCUACCAUUCAACGAUCCGUCCCGUAGCUCCGAUGCGAUUGAUCCUAUGGAGCACAUCCAGAUAGCACCAUUUAAGGAAAGGCAUGAGCGAUUUGCCUCUUCUAUGGUAAAAGAGAUCAAGCUCACAGACAGUUUAGCAAAUCCUCCGACGGAGGAAGCACUUGUGAAAUCGGUGGGUCAGCAACCGGAAGCCAAUCUUAUGCAGCUGGAAAUUGUGCAUAACGAACCGAAGGAGAUCGUCGACAACGAAGAAAACGUACUGGAGGAAAACCGUCGUGUGCCGUUUGCUGGUGCGAAAGAUUUUAAGGGUCCUACAAACGACAGACAAAGAGCCGUGGUGGAAGCGGUACAACAUUCGUGGAAGGGCUACAAAGAGUACGCCUGGGGCCAUGAUAAUCUGAAACCCAUUUCGAUGGGUUAUUCCGACUGGUUCGGACUCGGCCUAACGCUGGUAGAUUCGCUCGACACACUCUACAUUAUGGAUCUGCAAGACGAGUUCGACGAAGCGCGCGCCUGGAUCGAAAAGUACUUAAAGUUUGAUGUUAACCGCGAGGUAAAUCUUUUCGAAGUGACCAUUCGCGUUGUUGGUGGGCUGCUGAGUGCGUACCAUCUGAGUGGUGAUCGUAUGUUCUUGGACAAAGCGGUUGAUCUCGGAAACCGUUUACUGCCAUGCUUCGAUUCACCAUCCGGCAUACCAUUUUCGGAUGUGAACAUCGGUUCGUUGGCUGCACACGCACCCAAAUGGUCACCGGACAGUUCCACGAGCGAGGUAACGACCAUUCAGCUCGAAUUUCGUGACUUAUCGCGCAGUUCAGAGAAUCCCAUUUUCGAAAAGGUGGCAUCACGGGUGAAUCUUAAAAUACAUGAACUGGACAAAAAUGAAGGAUUGGUACCGAUCUUUAUCAACGCGAAUACGGGUCAGUUUCGCAACUUUGCUACAAUUUCACUAGGGGCUCGAGCUGAUUCUUAUUACGAGUAUUUGCUGAAGCAGUGGCUACAGACUGGCAAAAAGGCUGAUGAUUACCUAAUCGAGGAUUAUCAGCAGUCUAUGCGUGGCGUCCUGAAUCAACUGGUUCGAACAACUCCCAAUGAAAAACACGUCUACAUCGGCGAGUUGCUUAAUGGGAAAGAUUUCAAGCCUAAGAUGGAUCACCUUACUUGCUACCUACCCGGUACGCUGCUGCUCGGCUAUAAGAAUGGAAUGCCGAAGACGCAUUUGCGGUUAGCUACCGAUCUGCUAGAAACGUGCUACCAAACGUACAUGAAGCAAUCGACACAAUUAGCGCCCGAAAUAUCGUACUUUAACGUGAACGGAGAGUCCGAAACGGACAUCUACGUGAAGACGAACGAUGCGCACAAUCUGCUUCGACCGGAAUUCAUUGAAAGUCUUUACUACUUCUACGCCAUCACGGGUAACCGUACGUACCAGGACAUGGGUUGGACAAUCUUUGAAGCGUUUAAUCGCUACACGAAAGUGAAGAACGGUUACACCUCAAUCGGUAAUGUAAAAAAUCCGCUCAACACGCGGCCCCGCGAUAUGAUGGAAAGCUUUUGGCUUGGGGAAACGCUUAAGUAUUUCUAUCUGUUGUUCAGUGACGAUCGAAACGAGAUCGAUCUUGACAAGUAUGUGUUCAAUUCGGAAGCCCAUCCGCUACCGAUACGGGAAGUGUAGAGGGCGUUUAGACAGAUACCUUCCGAAAUGGCAUGCAAAUAAGACAAAAGGUUUUAAUUAUGUGUUACGCUACCAUUUUUUUUCUUCUCAACCAUUUUGCUGGUUGUGACGUGAAGGUACAUGCCUCACGAAGGCGCAAAACAGCUACUGAAAAGACGAUAUUAGUUAGUGAACGAUCCUUAUUAAGAUUACUUUCGAAACGUAAUAGCAAAUGGGUGGGACUUAAAUGUACGUUAGUGAGUGUGUUUCGUUGUGUUCGUUUGUUGAUGUGCGCCCAAUGAAUGGGCGGCAGCCAUCGGACACGGAAAGAUCGAUCGCUUCUGACAGCGUGCUGUUGUAAAUAUGUGUACGGGGAUUUUAGAUAUCAAUAGCUGGUUGCCUACGGCUGAUUGGAGCCCAUGGGUACGAACAGCUGCGUACCCUCUAACUAAAUGUUACCAAAAAAAAAUGCAGCCGGCGUUUAGAGCAACGCCGUUUUGUACGCCUUGCACCUACGACAACACAUUCCCGAGCACGUUUUCCUUUGUUUUCUGUUUCUCAACUGUACUGUAAACAUUUCCUCUCGACACCCUUAUCUGUCUCCACUGUAUUUCGUUUCUACUUUCAACUUUCCUAGCGUUUCCUGAAAAGAUAAUACAAUGGCGAACACAUUUGCACCAGCGCAAUGGCUCGUCAACAAUCGAAAGAUUUAAAAGCUACAAAUUACUAGAGCUAGUGAUAUAGGAGUUUGAUUUCGAUUCCUUACUCUCUUUCGUGUACACUGGUUUUCUAGUCCCUCAGUGGUAACGUAGCGAAAUAAAGUUGAACUUAAGGAUGAACCCGGAAGCGAAAGAGAUUUGAUUAAGACUUAGCCACAAACAGAAACUCUUAUAGAUGGUUAAAUGAUACAAUCAUAGAAUUUUGUUUAACAAUUAAGAUUAUCGAUAAAACGGUUAAAUAUUAUCCAAUGUCUUAAUUAACACUCUUGAUUAAAAUUUUAGAAAAAGAAAAUGGCGAUUAAUCGGAAUAAAUUAUCGAAAAGUCGAAACAAUA